AUGGUUCCAGGAUAUUCAAUUAGAAGAGUAGAGAAGCAAGACUACGAAGGUGUCCUACAGGCGUUGAAUGCCUUGACUACCGUUGGCUCAGUGUCAAAAGCACAAUUCGAAGAAACAGUGAAUCAUUGGAACAAUGUGAAAGUAUCAUCAGGACCAGAUCUUCUACAGUACCAUCCUUAUGUAAUUCUUCAUGGUGAGGAAGUUGCCGCUACAGGUAUGAUGUUCAUAGAACGUAAACUAAUUCAUGAAUGUGGAUUAGUGGGACAUAUUGAAGAUAUUGCGGUUUCACCACACCAUCAGGGAAAGCAAUUGGGACGUGCUCUUAUUGACCAUUUGACAGACCUGGGAUUAAAACACUGCUAUAAAGUCAUAUUGGAUUGUGACGACAGUAACGUUAAAUUCUACGAGAAGUGUGGCUAUUCAAGAGCUGGCGUUGAGAUGCAACAUCGAUAG